GUGAGUCUGGCGCUGACAUGUUGGUGACAUGUGUGCUUUCCCUGCUCCUGCUCGUGCACAAGUGUGUUUCUGCGCCACAGGUGCCCGGUGACGAAAGGUAGGCCCUGACACACACACACACACACACACACACACACACACACACACACACACACACACACACACACACACACACACACACACACACACACACACACACACACACACACACACACACACACAGUAAAAGUAUAGGGCAGGGGGAAAGUAUAGGGUUUGUCCUCAAGGUUAAAAAUAUGAACCAACACUGGUCUAAGAUGGAUUUUCCAGCAGGGUUAGGUUUCCUGUUGGCUUGGGUAUGUUUUGUCAUUCUUUUGUUUUUUAUUUGUUGUUUAUUUGGUGAGCCAGUCAGACAACAAUAUUUACAUUUACAUUUACAUUUACGUAAUUUAGCAGACGCUCUUAUCCAGAGCGACUUACAAACUACUUGUGUAGCACCCCUGACAGCCUUCAGCCUGCACUGUCGAUUGAGGGACAAGCGUCCUGUAGGAGUGAUGCCACCUGAUGUAAAAAAUAAAUAAAUAGGAAUAACAGAGACAGUAUGAGGUUACGGGAAUUACAUCACAUCCUGUCCCUGGGUGGUAACAACAACAGAGGAGAAAUAGGGGUCAGAGUUCCGAGUGAGCCUGUUUAUAUAGCGCUUCAGGUAGAGGUCAAAGGUCAUCUUUCCCUGCACUUAAUCCUAUUCAUAAAACCAACAUAAAGUAUUUGUUAUCACAACAGUCUCUCUCUCUCUCUCUGUGUGUUUGUCCCACAGAGUAGAGUCAGCAGGAGCCCCUCCCCCUCUCACACUGGCCAAUCCCUUCGGCUCUGGAGACGAGGAGCGCAGGUGAGUGGCACCUUUUACUUUAAUUAUUACAGUGGUGGUCAACUCUACUAAAUAAAGGGUUAAAUCAGGCCAAAUCUGGUCAACCCUCCUCCAGGUGAGCUGCUGGGAGUGCAGGGCUUUGCUCCAGCCCUAAUUUAACCCUUUACUCUGACAGGGGCAUGUAUUAUGUUCGUUCACGCUAUCAGCUCUGUGGACUUUGAGUAGGCAGCUGCAGAGUUUCUCCCAGACAGACAGAUACGAUACUGUAUGUAGCUAUGUUCAAACACAGGUUUAUGAUGCUGUUAUAAUGUUAGCCUUUUUUGUAAACCUAACUAGUGUAAUGCUGCCAGUAUUACUGCCUAUUUUCACAACAAUCUGGUUGAACAAACAAACAAACAAACAAAUUACUGAAAUAGUUUGUGCUAUUACACAAUUACCACAUUCAGUUGUGUUCUGUAAAAGGUCAAAGGUUGUCUAGGUGUGUGAGUGUUCUAGCUGUCCAGGCCUCAGUUCAUAUGCACUGACCAGGCCUACUGUGUGAUUUAAGACAGGUGAGCACAAGGACAUGCUACACUAGGGGUUGAACAGCAGAUUUCCCGUCCAAACCCACUCCCUUUUCCCGGGAUAAAUAACUAAGAGAAACCGGUAAAUUAUAAUAAAUCAUUUCAAUGAACAGCAUGAUGUGAAAUGGAACUGUUAAAUGAUAUGCAAUGUCUAAAUCUGGCUUCUCUACGGCCUUCUCUCUGCUAUCUGCAUGAUCAAUCAUUAUCGCUCAGAGUGGGGACAGACAAGCCAUCUCAGUAUGGAGCGCAGUUCACAACAUGUAUCAUCUCAUCAUGGUAACUUUUUUUCUUGUGAAGGGUAGGCCAUACUAUAUUAAUAGGCUAUAAUGACUGAAUCUGCAUCUAAUUUACACAUCUCCAUCUGGCUUUCAGGGGUCACCUUGUUUUUCAAUUGUAAGUCGCUCUGGAUAAGAGCGUCUGCUAAAUGACUAAAAUGUAAAAUGUAAAUGUAAAGAUUUUUUUUUAAAUUGCAGCUGCAGAGUUUUAAAACAGCCUAUCGCUCGAACAUCGUUGCUUUAAAUUGGUGCGCACGCGAGCACUCUCGCAGUCUUUCUCUCUCUCCAUCAAUUCCAUUCAAAUUGCAUCCAAAGUAGAUAAUUCUGUUCAAGAUUGAUACACUAUAUAUACAAAGGUAUGUGGACACCCCUUAAAAUUAGUGGAUUCGGCUAUUUCAGCCACAGUAGUUGCUGACAGGUGUAUAAAAUCGAGCACACAGCCAUGCAAUCUCCAUAGACAAGCAUUGGCAGUAGAAUGGCCUUACUGAAGAGCUCAGUGACUUUCAACGUGGCACCGUCAUAGGAUGCCACCUUUCCAACAAGUCAGUUCGUAAAAUUUCUGCCCUGCUAGAGCUUCCCCGGUCAACUGUAAGUGCUGUUAUUGUGAAGUGGAAACGUAUAGGAGUAACAACGGCACAGCCGCGAAGUGAUAGGCCACACAAGCUCACUGAACUGGGCCGCCCGACUGCUGAAGCACGUCAAAAUUGUCUGUCCUCGGUUGCAACUCUCACUACUGAGUUCCAAACUGCCUCUGGAAGCAACGUCAGCACAAUAACUGUUAGUCGGGAGCUUCAUGAAAUGGGUUUGCAUGGCCGAGCAGCCGCGCACAAACCUAAGAUCACCAUGGGCAAUGCCAAUCAUCAGCUGGAGUGGUGUAAAGCGGGCCGCCAUUGGACUCUGGAGCAGUGGAAACGCUUUAUCUGGAGUGAUGAAUCACGCUUCACCAUCCGACGGACGAAUCUGGGUUUGGCGGAUGCCAGGAGAACGCUACCUGCCCAAAUGCAUAGUGCCAACUGUAAAGUUUGGUGGAUGUGGAAUAAUGGUCUGGGGCUGUAUUUCAUGGUUCGGGCUAGGCCCCUUAGUUCCAGUGAAGGGAAAUCUUAACGCUACAGCAUACAAUUACAUUCUAGACGAUUCUGUGCUUCCAACUUUGUGGCAACAGUUUGGGGAAGGGCCUUUCCUGUUUCAGCAUGGCAAUCCCCCCGAGCAUAAAGCAAGGACCAUACAGAAAUGGUUUGUCGAGAUCAGUGUGGAAGAACUUGACUGGCCUGCACAGAUCCCUGACCUCAACCCCAUCGAACACCUUUGGGAUGAAUUGGAACGCCGACUGCGAGCCAGGCCUAAUCGCCCAACGUCAUUGCCCGACCUCACUAAUGCUCUUGUGGCUGAAUGGAAGCAAGUCCCCGCAGCAAUGUUACAACAUCUAGUGGAGGCUGUUAUAGCAGCAAAGGGGGGACCAACUCCAUAUUAAGUUUACAUUCACCUUAGCCAAAUACAUUUAAACUCAGUUUUUCACAAUUCCUGAAAUGUAAUCCUAGUAGAAAUUCCCUGUCUUAGGUCAGUUAGGAUCACCACUUUUAUUUUAAGAAUGUGAAAUGUCAGAAUAACAGUAGAGAGAAUGAUUUAUUUCAGCUUUUAAUUAUUUCAUCACAUUCCCAGUGGGUCAGAAGUUUACAUACUCAAUUAGUAUUUGGUAGCAUUGCCUUUAAAUUGUUUAACUUGGGUCAAACGUUUCGGUUAGCCUUCCACAAGCUUCCCACAAUAAGUUGGGUGAAUUUUGGCCCAUUCCUCCUGACAGAGCUGGUGUAACUGAGUCAGGUUUGUAGGCCACCUUGCUCGCACAUGCUUUUUCAGUUCUGCCCACACAUUUUCUAUAGGAUUGACAUCAGGGCUUUGUGAUGGCCACUCCAAUACCUUGACUUUGUUGUCCUUAAGCCAUUUUGCCACAACUUUGGAAGUAUGCUUGGGGUCAUUGUCCAUUUGGAAGACCCAUUUGAGACCAAGCUUUAACUUCCUGACUGAUGUCUUGAGAUGUUGCUUCAAUAUAUCCACAUAAUUUUCCUUCCUCAUGAUGCCAUCUAUUUUGUGAAGCGCACCAGUCCCUCCUGCAGCAAAGCACCCCCGCAGCAUGAUGCUGCCACCCCCGUGCUUCACGGUUGGGAUGGUGUUCUUUGGCUUGCAAGUACCCCCUUUUUCCUCCAAACAUAACAAUGGUCAUUAUGGCCAAACAGUUCUAUUUUUGGACAUUUCUCCAAAAAGUAAGAUCUUUGUCCCUAUGUGCAGUUGCAAACCGUAGCCUGGCUUUUUUAUGGUGGUUUUGGAGCAGUGGCUUCUUCCUUGCUGAGCGGCCUUUCAGGUUAUGUCGAUAUAGGACUCGUUUUACUGUGGAUAUAGAUACUUUUGUACCUGUUUCCUCCAGCAUCUUCACAAGGUCCUUUGCUGUUGUUCUGGGAUUGAUUUGCACUUUCGCACCAAAGUACGUUCAUCUCUAGGAGACAGAACGCGUCUCCUUCCUGAGUGGUAUGACGGCUGCGUGGUCCCAUGGUGUUUAUACUUGCGUACUAUUGUUUGUACAGAUGAACGUGGUACCUUCAGGCGUUUGGAAAUUGCUCCCAAGGAUGAACCAGACUUGUGGAUGUCUACAAUUUUUUGGCUGAUUUCUUUUGAUUUUCCCAUGAUGUCAAGCAAAGAGGCACUGAGUUUGAAGGUAGGUCUUGAAAUACAUCCACAGGUACACCUCCAAUUGCCUCAAAUGAUGUCAAUUAGCCUAUCAGAAGCUUCUAAAGCCAUGACAUCAUUUUCUGGAAUUUUCCAAGCUGUUUAAAGGCGCCGUCAACUUAGUGUAUGUAAACUUCUGACCCACUGGAAUUGUGAUACAGUGAAUUAUAAGUGAAAUAAUCUGUCUGUAUACAAUUGUUGGAAAAAUUACUUGUGUCAUGCACAAAGUAGAUGUCCUAACCGACUUGCCAAAACUAUAGUUUGUUAACAAGACAUUUGUGGAGUGGUUGAAAAACAAGUUUUAAUGACUCCAACCUAAGUGUAUGUAAACUUCCGACUUCAACUGUAUAUACAUUGAGUGUACAAAACAUUAGGAACACCUGCUCUUUCCAUGACAUAGACUGACCAGGUGAAUCCAGGUGAAAGCUAUGAUCCCUUAGGGAUGCCUCCUGAGUGGCGCAGUGGUCUAAGGCACUGCAUCGCAGUGCUAACUGUGCCACUAGAGAUCCUGGUUCGAAUCCAGGCUCUGUCGCAGCCGGCCGCGACCGGGAGACUCAUGGGCGGCGCACAAUUGGCCCAGCGUCGUCCAGGGUAGGGGAGGGAAUGGCCGGCAGGGAUGUAGCUCAGUUGAUAGAGCAUGGUGUUUGAUUCCCACGGGGGGCUAAUAUAAAAAAUAAUAAAAUGUAUUCACUAACUGUAAGUCGCUCUGGAUAAGAGCGUCUGCUAAAUGACUAAAAUGUAAAUGUAAAUGGAUGUCACCUGUUAAAUCCACUUCAAUCAGUGUAGAUGAAGGGGAGGAGACAGGUUAAAGAAGGAUUUUAUAGCCUUGAGACAUGGAUUGUGUAUGUUUGCCAUUGAGGGUGAAUGGGCAAGACAAAAGAUUUAAGUGUCUUUGAACGGGGUAUGUCCAAUGUUCCCUCUAAGCUGCCGCACAGAGCGCAGAAGAAAUAUCAGCCCACAAAGAGAAACAUGAGAUUGAACUUCACUCAACUUUCUAGAGUUUUCCCUGUUAGUUAACACUAUCAACGUUUCCCUUUACUGUGGUAAUAGUGAUCGAAUCAACGCAACUAUGCAAGAGAUUUUGUUGUAGACAGAACGCAUCGGAGUAGGAUUCUAUUGCGCACGACUCAGCCCAGACCGGUGCGGCAUUACCAAUCAGAGCUGCAGUAGGCCUAUAUGCAAAUAGACCAUUGCCAUAUAUGGAUCUGUGCCAUUUACUUUGAACUGGACUGUGUUUACAGCUGUGGUCGUGAGUAGAUGCACUUGUUUUGAGAUCAAAGAAAGAGCUGCAUGUAGCCACCUGUGAACAUUUUGUUCAUAUCCUUUGCUAGUUAGUGAGUUAUUAGCCCUGUUAUAGAUCAUUUGUAGUCCGCAAUAGGGGAGAGAUUGCUUCCUACAAGAGCACAAAACGUGUACAUUUCUAGACAUCUUUGAAAAGCAAGUCAGGUAAAGAGCUUUUUUUUGUCUUAAAGGGGCAGUGUUGUAUUUUGAAACAGGCCUGAAUAAGCUAAGUAGCCAAUAGGCAGAGUUUAGCAUAAUUUGGCUGAUUCUCUGUAGUAAUGGUAUUGGAAUAAUAAUUCAUUUUAUUUUGUAAAGUGGUUUCUUGCAUCAAACAACACAACAACAUUUUCAGUCACCUCCUUGUCUGAAGGACAAGUGGAUGAACAGGUUAAUGUCAAGCCCUGCAUGUUGUUUUCAAAAGUCUCAUGGAAUGUAGGCCUACAUUUAACGCCACACAUUGGCUGCUACUGUAGGCUGAAUUAUAGAACAGCUAUUUCCAUGUUCAAAUGUUAUGGGAUUCAUUUACUCCAUUGUUUCUGAUGGUAGGGCGCUCUGGUAGGCCUACAUUAUGAUCAAAUAGCCAAAGUAGCCUAGUUGGCCACUGUUAAAACUGUAACUUAAAGUGGGUACAGCCUCAGUGUUCACAGUAAACGUGCGCUGGAAGUUGCACAUAAUUUUCACAACGUUCAAGCUUGCGCUCAGCAGACCUGAAAUUUGCUCAGUGCCUAACAUUUUUUUUGAGGGAACAUUGGGUAUGGUAGUAGAUGCCACGUGCACCGGUUUGAGUGUAUCAAAAACUGCAACGCUGCUGGGUUUUUCAUGCUCAACAGUUUCCUGUGUGUAUCAAGAAUGGUCCACCACCCAAAGGAGAUCCAGCCAAUGGCAGACCAGUGGUCGGAAAUGGGUCAUUGAUGAAGAGGACAAAGGAGGCUGACACUAAUUGUGCAGAACAACAGAUGGGCUACAGUUAGUCAACUGACAGUCCAGUACAACAUUGGUGCCCAAAGACCCAUAAAAUAAAGCACAACUCGCCGUACCUUGACACGAAUUGGGUAUGGCAGCUGACGACCUUAUAGAGUUCUGCAGUUGCAGUGGGCUAAGGGACGAAAACACUGGACACUGGAGAAUUUGAAAAACAUUGCCUGGUCUGAUGAAUCCCGGUUCCUGCUGUUUUACUCUGAUGGGAGAACUAGGGUAUGGAGAAAACAUGCAUCCAUCAUGCCACGUCUCAACAGGCUGGUGGUGGUGGUGUGGGGUGUGUUUUCAUGGCACACAUUGGGCCCCUUGAUAAAAGUGGAGCAACGUUUGAGUGCCACAGGAUAUCUGAACAUCAUUGCCAAUCAGGUGCAUCCCUUCAUGGCAGCAGUGUAUCCAUCGGCAAAUUGAUUUUUUUCAGCAGGAUAAUGCCCCAUGCCAGAAGUUUAGGAUUGUCCAGGAAUGGUUCCAUGGACAUGACAGUGAAUUCAGCGUACUACAGUGGCCUGCACAGCCACCAGAUCUCAAUCUAAUUGAGCAUCUAUAGGAUGAGAUGGAACGACUUAUUCGGAGUAGAGACCCACUACCAGCCAACUUGACACAACUGUGGGAAGCAUUGGAGUCAACAUGGGCCAGGAUUCCUGUGGAACGCUUUCGACAACUUGUAGAGUCCAUGCCCCGACAAAUGAAGGCUGUUUUGAGGGCAAAAGGGGUGCAACUCAAUAUUAGGAAGGUUUUCCUAAUGUUUUGUACACUCAUUUUACUGUAUAUAUAGAUGUCCUAGCCUACCCUGUUUCAGGUAAUACAUUCAAUGCUGUAUUAACCUUAUAUUUAGCUAAUUAAUGAUGGGUUAUGCAUAAGCUUCUAACAUAGCCUCUGUCUCUUGCACAAUACGCACCUUCACUCCGCUGGCUCCUUAGCUCUUGGAGUCCCAGGAAAACUAGACUAGAAUAGCUUGCUGGAAUUUUUUAUUUCUUAUUCUCAUACUAAUAGACUAUUCGAAAAGGGAUGCAAGCUCUUGUUUGCUGACUGUUAAAUACAGCAGAUUGAAAGAAUAGAGAAUGCGGGACCGCGGUAGACUAUAGCAGUUAUUUGUUCAGAACCAUAAACAUUCGAUCUUCGUGAAGAGAAGGGAAAGCCUUCUGCAUCUUAUUCUAGUCCUAUAUUAUUCAAGCAUGUCAUUACAAUGAUGAAGAUAAGGACAACAAAACGUAUUUCAUUUAACUGUUGAAAGCGAGGAAGGAAUGACGCAACAAUAGAGAUAGAAAGAGGAGAUGGGUUAAUAAGCACGUGGAUAUACAAGAUGACGUAUUGAAUACACAGCGGUACAAAUCACCUCAAGAUAAAAACAUAAUAUUCAAUAUCAGUAAGUUAGACUAAAUAUUAACAUUUCAAAUAUUCGAGGGUAGUAACAUUCAAUCUGGAUAAUAACACAAAACAAAUUAUAAGGCUAGAGAAAUGUAUCGACAAAUAUUACAACAACACGCAACACCCAAACAUGACGGAAGAUAAACGAGGAGAAUCAAUCUCCAAGAGAAAAUGCGACUCCUCGACUGAUACAGAUGAUUUAUGCUUUUCACCACCGGGACUGGUAAGUGUGGAAAGCGACUUGUUGAAGUCGAUAAAUGACAAACUGUGCAUACUAGAGUUGGUCAGUAAUGAUGUAAAAGAGUUGAAGGCGAGUCUUGAAAUUAGUGACGGAAAAGCUGCGAUAAUGGAGAGCGAUACAAAAAAACUAAAAGGGACAGUCACUAGGAUGGAAACGGACGUUAAGGAACUUAAAAAGGAGAACAACUUUCUGAGACAAGCCUUACUAGACAUACAAACUAGCUCGAUGAGAGAAAAUCUAGUACUUACGGGUAUUCAGGAAAAAGCGGGAGAGAUUACAGAAAAAAUUGUGAAGUACUUCUUUCUUACAGUGCUUCAAAUUCUACUCGAGGCUGUUGACAAAAUCCAACUCGAACGUGUACACCGUUUCAGACAAAGAGGACAGAGAUAUGAGCGUCCAAUCGUUGCCAAAUUUGCUUUUUUUAAGGAUAAAGUAUGGUUAAAAGCCUAGGUAAAAGACUUGCUGGCACAAAAAUAGGCAUGAAUUAUCAGUUCCCGAGGGAGAUUGCAGAACGGCGCAAAGUUCUGUACCCAAUAGAUUAAAAGGGAAGCGUGUUGCUCUUGUUGUCGAUAAACUGUAAAUUGACAACCAAAGACUACGCCAUGGCUAUUCUGAAAGUUCUAAUAGAGGAGUCGAAUAAUAGAACACCCAAUACUAGUCAUGGUAGGGAUUGUAAUAAUAAAGCACAUUUAUUAUAUUAGGUAUAGUAUUUUAUAAAGGGAAAAUACGUUAUUACAAGAAAAGAUAACAAGCAAAAUAAUACAUCUUCAAAUACAACUAAAUUAGAACACAAGUACUCAAUCAACAUAGUGGAGAUAAAAACAUAGCAAACAGAAGACAUAGAAGGCACAGUAUGUGGGUAUGUGUGGAUGAAUUGUGAUGGAAGGUGUGGUGUGCGUUUUUGUGUUUGAAUAAGUGUGGCGUUAAGUGAUUGAGAAAGGAAAUGGUAGCAUAUCCCAGAACCAACGUGUGUCUGUGAGCAGGGGUUGUGAGAGAGAGCUUUCAAUUUUGUGCAGAUGAGGGAUAUACAUUUUAAAAUAUAGUAUACAUCUAAUAUAUAUUUUUAAAUUGUCCUAUCAUGAUGGAAUGAUCCCCAACCCUAUGUCCUAGACACCCACCUGAGCGACCCAUACACCAAAGAGAAGUCCCCAUCUGUUUUAUGGACCUGCUGUGAGUUGACUAUAUGCAAUCAAAACAGAAAAAUAAAUGCGGUCAGAGACCUACUUGAGCAGCACCGCCCCCUCAAGAUUCUGAGCCUGCCUGACAGGGUUGGUCCUACAAAGCCAGAGCCCCCUGAUGGGAGAGCAUAAUAUACAAGGAAAUUCUCAAAGCUGCUAAUGAGAACCUUGACGACCUUGUACCUAGCCGGUGGGGAUUCCAGUUGGGUACCCCCACCCAGGUAGUGGCAGUGCUGACAACACUGGCUGCAGUAACCCAUGGGGAGGGGGUCACACUCGGACAAUCAGAGAGGGGCUUAUCAUUGUAGCCCAGGUGGCACAAAAUAAUCAAAGAGUCCAUACUAACAAAGGAAAUAGAAGGUCUAAAAGAACAGAUAGUAACAUAGGCUCAGAAUAAAUUAGAGGAAAAACAAAAAGAAAUGGAGAAACUUAUUCAAGAAAGAUCAAGUGUAAUAUAUUAUAAAAAUAAAGCAAACUGGAUGGAACAUGGGGGAAAAUGCACCAAAUUAUUUUUUCAUCUUCAGCAUAGGAAUGCUACCAAAAAUAAUUUACUGAAACUGGUUACAAAUGACGGAGUCACCCAUGAUUCACCAAAUUAUAUUUUGAAGGAGGAAACAAAGUACUUUAAGCAUAUGUUUUCGUUUCAGUCGCCUCCAUCUCCUCUAACUGAAGCUAAUUGUAGAGAUGUUUUUUCUAUUGAUAAUGUAAAAUUAACAGCCAUACAGAAAGACUAAUGUGAAGGUGAAAUUACAGAGGAGGAACAUCUGGAUGCAAUUAAAGACUUUAAGUCCGGGAAAACUCCAGGGUUGGAUGGCAGUCCAAUAACCAGUCGAGGUAUACCAAACCUUUUUUGAUAUACUCAGAGGACCGUUAUUAGCAUUUGUUAACCGCUCCUAUGUAAAUGGUAGAUUAUCAGACACUCAAAAAGAAGGUCUGAUUUCAUUAUUACUGAAACAGGUGGAAAAUAGGUGGAAAAUACAAAGAUCCAGUCCAUUUUAAAAAAUUGGAGGCCCCUUACACUUCAGUGUUGUGAUGCAAAAAUUAUAGAAAAAUUUAUAGCUCAUAGAAUUAAAAAUAUAUUGUCGGACAUUAUUCAUUCUAAUCAGACAGGUUUUUUACAUGGACGAUACAUUGGAGAUAAUAUAAGGCAAGUACUGGAAACAAUAGAACACUAAGAAACAUCUGGGAAACCAGGCCUGCUAAAUUAAACAUUUACAUUAACAUGUAGUUUACCAAUAAAAUGGUCUGAUGGUGAUGUGGAUAUAGUCGGAAUACAUAUCCCAAAGGAAAUAAAUGAUCUCACUCCAAUACAUUUUUAUAGAAAGUUAGCAAAAAUAGAUAAGAUCUUGCUACCAUGGAAAGGUCAAUUUGUGGAAAAAUCACCUUGAUUAACUCUUUAGUAUUAUCCCAGUUUACCUAUUUGCUUAUGGUCUUGCCUACGCCUAGCGAACAGUUUAUUAAAUUAUAUGAGAAAAAAAGAUUCCAUUUUAUUUGGAACGGCGAGCCAGACAAAAUUAAACGGGCCUGUUUAUAUAAUGAAUAUGAAUUCGGAGGACAGAAAUGAUUAAAUAUUAAAGCAUUAGACCUAUCACUAAAAGCUUGUCAUACAAAAGUUAUACUUAAAUCCAAACUGGUUCUCUAGCAAAUUAGUAAGAUUGUCUCACCCAAUGUUCAAGAAUGGCCUUUUUCCCUUUAUUCAGAUUACAACCUCUAAUUUUCAGUUAUUUCAAAAGGAAAUCAUCUCCCAAAUAUCACUAUUUCUAAAACAAGCCAUAGAAAGUUGGUUGCAAUUUCAAUUUAAUCCUCCAGAAACGACAGAACAAAUAAUGCAACAAAUAUUGUGGUUAAACUCAAAUAUACUAAUUGAUAAAAAACCUUUUUUUUUUGACAAUGUUUAAAAAAGGUAUAAUCUUCGUAAAUGAUAUCAUCGGUAGGACUGGUGGAGUUAUGUCGCACAUGCAGCUAACAAAAACAUAUGGAAAUGUCUGCUCUACCCAAAAUUACAACCAAAUAAUUGCAGCAUUACCGCAAAAAUGUAAGAGGAAAGUGGAAGGGGGAAAAUGUAAGGAACUUGUCUGUCUGCAUUAAAGAACAUAAUUGGUUAAAGAAAACUGUGCUAAAUAACAAAGUAUACCAGUUUCAUUUAAGGACCAAAGGAUUGACAGCAGUCCCAUAUAGAUUGCAAAAUAGUUGGGAAGAGAUUUUUGACGUACCGAUCCCAUGGCAUAGUGUUUAUGAACUGAUACGCAAAACGACGCUGGAUUCAAAACUUGGGAAGUGAUGCAGACAAUUACAUUGAUGGAAGUUACAAUCUAUCUGCAAUAUUAAAGCUGAUCUACCCCCUAAAAAAAAAAAAAAAAUGGUGGAAAUAUGAUGAAAGGUAUAUGCGUCAGUCUAUUAAUUAUAAAAACGUAAAAUAGGUUCUAUUAUAUUUCAAAAUUAAAAUCAAAUUUGCUAGCCUAUACUUAUAACUUUGUAGGCCGUAUGUUCUCCCCCAGCUUCAUGGAUUGAACAAGGUGCGUAAUUCCAGUCUAUAUAAAACAGUAAAAUACAGUACAGUAGGCUAAUACACUCAGCCUACUGGAGUUGUUUCAUUUAUUUACCCAAGAGAGUAUAGGCAGGCCUACAUCUAUCGGCUUUUAUGUUUUUCUGUCGUACGUAAUGUGCGGUAGCCUAUAUAUCAUAGGCUAUGUAUUGGAUAACGACACAAUCAUUUGGGGCUUUUUGAGCUUGGGAUCUUAAAAUGUCUUUAAUGUAUGGCUCAUCAGGCUCUGGUAGCGUCAGGCUUGAAUUUUCAUGCCGAUCAAAACUCUAAUCAAAUCCAGACAUAUUUAUAUGCUUUAUACACUGAGUAUACAAAACAUUAAGAACACCUGCUCAUUCCAUAUAGUGACCAGGUGAAUCCAGGUGAAGCUAUGAUCCCUUAUUGAUGUCACUUGUUAAAUCCACUUCAAUCAGUGUAGAUUAAGGGUUAGAGACAGGUUAGAGAAGGAUUUUGUAUGUGUGCCAUUCAGAGGGUGAAUGGGCAAGACAAAAUAUUUACGUGCCUUUGAAGUGCAACUUAAUAUUAGGAAGGUGUUCCUAAUGUUUUAACAUGACACUUCCAGUUUGGGUGGGAAAUACCUGCUUACGUGGGAGAAAAGUGAUUUAUUCUCGGGAUUUAACAUUUGUAAAAUACAGGGAAAAUAUUUAACCCUACUGUACACAGAACACACCAGGGAGGGAACAGAGAGUUUGUUUGUAAAACCUUGAGACAUGUUGAGACUAGAUUACAGUGGUACUUUCUGUACAGUGAAGUAACGUGCUACCCAGUCAGGAGGGCCUGAGGUUGAACCUUCUAUCCCAAGCCCUAACCUCUGUGAACCGUAACCUCUGACCUAUAACCUCUGUGUGUGUGUUAGGCUGCUGCAGAGCUACAUCAAGGCCAACCUGAAGGAGGGACAGGGAGGACCAGAUAGCACCUGGGAACAAGGUAAACACACACACACAUACACACACACACAAUCAUUGACAUUAUUAAUGAGUCAACAUCUUCCUAUUUCCUGCUGGUCAGAGGUGUUUUUCCUGUUCAGUCUCCAUGACUACGACCGCAGCGGUGACAUGGAUGGCCUGGAGAUGAUGAAGCUGCUCUCUGAAUACAACUCCCACAAUACACCUGGGGAACAGUCAGCAGAGCCGGUGAGGUGUGAGGUGUGUGUGUGUGUGUGUGUGUGUGUGUGUGUGUAGAACAUCUGUAGAAAACAUCUUCACUGUCAUGGUUAGGACAUACUGUAUUGUACUGACUGAUUUUGUAACUCUGUCUUGAUCGUAGUCAGUUUGGCCAAGUAGCUAGCAGGACAUAAUAUUAUAAGGGUUAUGUAUCAGGAUUGAAAUAGAUAAUGUAGCCUGUACUGUUGUGUAGGUAUAAAGAUGUUACUGUAGGACUCACUUUAGCUGUAAGUGAAUCUCCACUAAUGCUGAAGUUGGGGCGGCAGGUAGCUUAGUGGUUAAGAGCGUUGUGCCAGUAACCGAAAGGUCGCUGGUUCUAAUCCCUGAGCCGACUAGGUGAAAAAUCUGUCAAUGUGCCCUUGAGCAAGGCACUUAACCCUAAUUGCUCCUGUAAGUCGCUCUGGAUAAGAGCGUCUGCUAAAUGACUAAAAUGUAAAAGUUGACUGCACAGUGUUUCAGUUGGUGAAUAUGUACACUAAGCCAAUGUUUUUUGUUGUGUGUGUGUGUACGCGCAUUCCAGGUGGUGGAAAUGGUAGACUUUCUCCUGCAGACUCAGGAUCUCAACAUGGACGGUCUAAUAGCUCCCUCUGAGCUACUCUCUCCCCCCAAACUACAACAACCAGACUCCAACACCCAGGGUGCACCUGAACAGGGAAGGAGUGUGGCCCAGGAGCAGGUAGAGGUCCAAAUGGAAGUCAAAGUUGAGGAACCAAAACAAGACAAGGCAGCACAGAAAGAGGAGAAGAAAGCAGAGGAACAGCCCAAGGAAGAAGAGUCAAAGCCAGGAGAUGAGGGACAGGAAGUUAAGACAGAUGAACAUUCUAUACAGGAAGAGAUGAAACAGGCAGAGGAGAAAGGACCGCAUAUCCCAGAGGCCCCUGCUGCUGAUCAUGUGCAAAAUAGGCCUGCUCCUGUACAUCAGGGGCAGCCUGAAAUGUAAACAAACACACACAAUAAUAAUAUGCAAACAGCACUCCAACACAACAAUACUUCCAUCCAGACCGAGAGGGGUCAGCCAAUAGCAGGAGCCCGUUGAGUGACAGGAAGCAGAGUUAGCAAAUCACAUCCCCUCAUCUACCUUGGGGGUAGGGGCUUAUUUGUUUCACAUUGAGGGAUUUCUGUUUUCUUUUGUACUAAAGAAUUGUAAACUAAGAGAUAUCAGCCAUUUGUUUUCAAGCUGCUGUUAUAUUUCAACACAUUGCCCUUCUGAACAAGAUCGAGUGAGAAUAUAAUUCAGCAUUAAAUAUGUUGUAUUGUGCCAAAAGAUACUAUGCCUUACACUGCUAAAUAGUACAGUUUGACCUUCAGUUUAUUGAUUUUGCAGUAACUAGUUGCUUUUUCUGUUGAAGAAGCCAUAUAAUAUUGGAAUGGACAAUCUGAAGAAAAGUUAAGGAAUUGACUGCAUUUACGAACGUGUCAAAUGCAUUGCCUUCCCCCUCCUGUGCAAUAUAAAAUAUAAAUUGUGUACUCCCCUCAUUGAUGCAAAAGGAAUGGGUUGGUUUAAGAAAUUCAGUGGAAAAUCCCUCUAGCUCAUGGAAUUGGGCUCUCUACUUGUCACAGCAGUUGUUGAGACUAGAUUCUUCCUUCUCAUUAUUAGACAGGCGUUUUUCCUGGUCAGGUCAAAAACCCCAGGCCCUUUUCACUUAUGCUACCAAUAAACUAAAGUGCCGUCUGUUGAUUUGUACAAAUAAUAUUUUUUGCGUCGCUGCACAGCUGCCUGCUCAGCCACAGUAACACUAGAGCCCAAUUCAGUCUCCCCCUUCUCCUAGAAGUGUGCACUUGUUCCUUUAAAAUACAUGAGGGGAGUAAACAAAUAUACACUGGUGAGAAGUGUAAUCUGAAGUGUAAUUUGAUUUCAUGUAAUCGAACACAAUGAUUUAGGAACAUGGGAUGAAUUUAAGAAACAAAUGAAUAUUUGGUUUGCUGUAAAUUUCCUGAAUUGGAAGGUUUGUAUAUUUAUAUGACAAAAAUAAAGCCAACAUGACUAUGCCACCUUUAUUACGUAGUUUCUGUCUCGGCGGUGACUAGGUACUGAUUGCACCUUGUUUGUUUAAAAGGGGAAUAAAGAGGAAUGUCCACUCACUUUUUGCUGCUCCAACAUUUCCACUCAGCAGACGGAUUCCUAUGCUAAAACAUAUGGGUCCAAUUGGGAUUUGGCCUAAGCACUUGUGGAGAUCCGAGAGGAUUUGACAACUGUAAGCAAUAUGGUAAUAUUUGCCACCUUGCCCUCUGAUAAGCUACUGGUAUGUGGAAGUGUCACCGUGUUGCUUACACCAUUCAAAU